AUGGCGGCGGCGGCGUGGGGGGCGGCGGCGGCGGAGGAGACGAAGGCGGCGCAGGAGGAGGCCGCGCACCUCGGCCGCGGCGCCGGCGCCAACGCCGCGAACCCCCUCGCGUGGAAGUACGCCGAGCGCGCCCUCUCCUCGGCCCUCGCCUCCCCCCUCCUCCUCCUCUCCCUCCUCUCCACCAGGGUAAUUCCAAGUCGGCGCCUCAAACCAACAGCAUAUAGGCUUUACAUGGAACUCUUGCGGAGACACGGAUUUUCUUUUGUAUCUCAGAUCAAAGGACCAAAUUUUAAACGGACAAUGAUGUUAGUAGAUGACAAUCUCCAACUUUCCAAAAUAUUUGGCUUUCAAGCAUAUGAACCAGGGGUCUUCAUUGUCGCAUAUGUCACUUGCACAUUAUGGCAGUUGCUUGAUGCCGCAUUGGACGAUGAAGAUUUGCUGGAAUUGACCCCAGAGAAGAAGGCUAAGUGGCCAACUAAGCCACAAGAUGUGAGCAUAAUUGGAGAGCGAAUCAGUAAUGAACCAAGGGUCGAACAUAGUGAGAAGCUACAUAAGAUGAACACUAAGAUUUCUGUUGAAAUCAUUGGGCAUUUCCUGCGGCACAAAGUAAUUUCUAGGCUUCUUUGCUUGGCACGUGAAAACAUGCCUUCUCAGUGGGGAUCCUUUGCCAGCCGCUUACACCUGCUUGCCACAAAGUCAUCAGCGUUGCGGAAUUCAACAGUAUCUGUUCAAUUAUUUCAGCGGUUGAUUGCAGGCGAUUGGAACAUUUUGGGCAAAGAAUGCAAACAAAAUCGAAAACUAGAAGUUCGUAGUCUUAUUUCCUUUGGUUCCCGCACUCUUGGCGGAUAUUGUCUUGGUGCUAGUCCUUCUGCUCUUUGGAUUCCCAUCGAUCUCUACCUGGAAGACUGCAUAGAUGGCUCCGUUGCUGCGACAAAUUCCAUUGAACUUCUAAGUGGUUUAGUCAUGACUCUUCAGGCAGUUAAUGGGUCCACCUGGCAUGAUGCUUUCCUGGCCCUUUGGAUGGCUUCUCUUCGGCUUGUACAGAGGGAAAGAGAUCCUCAUGAGGGUCCUGUGCCCCGCCUCGACGCACGAUUAUCCAUGCUGCUUUCUAUUACAACACUUUCAAUUGCCGAUAUCAUUGAGGAAGAUGAAGCUCUGGUUGAUGGAAUGGAAGUCGACAGCCAGUUGAAAGACAAAGCAGCAGGAGGGAAGCGCUGCAAGGAUUUGGUGUCCAGCUUACAAACUCUUGGUGACUACGAAAGCUUGCUGGCUCCCCCUCCAUCUAUCAUAUCCGCAGCUAAUCAGGCUGCUGCCAAAGCUUUGAUGUUUGUUUCAGGCAUCAAUGUUGGUGGUGGCUACACGGAGAACAUUAAUAUAAACGACAAGGCAUUGAACUGUCCUGGAAAUCUGCGUCAUUUGAUUGUCGAGGCUUGUAUCUCAAGAAAUCUGUUGGAUACAUCAGCUUAUUUUUGGCCAGGCUACAUCGCUGGACGCAUCAACCAAAUACCUCAUUCCAUUUCUUCCCAACUUCCCGGUUGGUCUUCUUUUAUGAAGGGUGCUCCUUUAAGCCAGUCGAUGGUUAAUUCUUUGGUGUCAAAUCCUGCUGCUAGCUUAGCAGAACUUGAGAAGAUAUUCGAAAUCGCAAUCAAUGGAUCAGACGAUGACAAAGUUUCUGCCGCCACUGUUCUAUGUGGAGCCUCUUUGUUACGUGGAUGGAACAUUCAGGAACAUACAGUUCGCUUGGUUGUCAAGCUGCUUUCACCUCCUGUUCCUCCCGAUUAUACUGGAAGCGACAGCCAUUUGAUAAAUCAUGGUCCUAUGCUUAAUGUUCUUCUUACUGGAAUAUCGUCUGUAGACUGUGUUCAAGUCUUCUCAUUCCAUGGCCUGGUUCCAGCACUAGCAGCUGCACUUAUGGCAAUAUGCGAAGUUUUUGGGUCUUGCUUUCCGAGUGUCUCAAGGACGCUUGCAACGGGGGAAGAAAUCACUGCUCACGCAGUCUUCUCAAACGCAUUUAUACUUCUUUUGAGGCUCUGGAAAUUUAACCAUCCACCACUUGAAUACUGUAUACUGGGAGAUGGUGCUCCCGUUGGGUCACAACUUACUCCAGAGUACCUUUUACUCCUGCGUAAUGCCCGGGUGCUAUCUCCUUGUAAACCAGCCAAAAACCAAGCUGGACACAAAGCUAUGUCGACCGAUACGAGCUUGCCAUCCCCGCAUCCUAUAUUCAUGGACUCCUUCCCAAAGUUGAAACAUUGGUAUCGGCAGCAUCAAGCUUGUUUGGCGUCGACUCUUUCUGGACUCGUUCAUGGAACUCCAGUUCAUCAAAACGUGGAUGGUCUUCUGCGCAUGAUGUUCAGGAAAAUCAACAAAGGAGGCAAUCAGUCGGUGGGUCCUGUACUAUCUGGGAGCAGUAGCUUGAGUACUUCUUCUGGUGCUGGAAGUGAUGAUACUUGUGUCAGGCCUAAUUUACCUGCUUGGGACAUUUUGGAAGCUGUACCUUUUGUGGUCGAUGCUGCUCUUGCUGCUUGUUCCCAUGGAAGAUUAUUUCCACGCGAAUUAGCCACAGGCCUCAAGGAUCUCGCUGAUUUCCUUCCUGCUUCUUUGGCGACCAUCGUAAGCUACUUUUCAGCUGAGGUUACUCGCGGUGUUUGGAAACCUGCUUUCAUGAACGGAAGUGACUGGCCUAGUCCUGCUGCAAAUCUAUCCAUCGUGGAAGAGCAGAUCAAGAAAAUUGUGGCCGCCACGGGUGUUGAUGUUCCAAGCCUUGUUGCAGGAGGAAGCUUUCCAGCGACACUUCCGUUGCCCUUAGCUGCCUUUGUUAGCCUCACAAUCACUUAUAAGCUCGAUAAGGCCUCCGAGCGCUUCCUCAACCUUGCUGGUCCGGCACUGGAGAACCUCGCAGCAAGUUGUCCAUGGCCUAGCAUGCCAAUAGUUGCGGCCUUGUGGACCCAAAAGGUUAAGCGGUGGAGCGAUUUCCUCGUUUUCUCCGCCUCGCGCACCGUCUUCCACCACAACAAUGAUGCAGUAGUGCAGCUCCUAAGGAGCUGUUUUUCUGCCACGGUUGGGCUGUCUGGUACUUCAUCAAUAUCCGGCAAUGGAGGCGUCGGCAGCCUUCUAGGCCAUGGUUUCGGCUCUCAUUUCUCUGGAGGCCUCACCCCGGUUGCUCCCGGAAUCCUCUAUCUCCGGAUAUAUCGUUGCAUCAAGGACGUCUCCAUUCUAGCCGAAGAAAUUCUCUCGCUUUUGAUGCUAUCGGUCAAAGAGAUCGCGGAGACGACUGUGUCCAAAGAAAGGUCGGACAGGUUGAAGAGGACAAAGCAUGGGAUGAGAUACGAGCAGGUCUCUCUCGCCGCCGCCAUGACGCGGGUCAAGGUGGCGGCCGCGCUCGGCGCGACGUUCGUGUGGUUGUCAGGGGGUUCCAGGGUGGUCCAGUCCCUGAUCCAAGAGAUGCUCCCUUCGUGGUUCCUCUCGGUGCACGAUUUGGAUCAGGAAGGAGGGAGCGGGCCGAUAGUUUACAUGCUUGGGGGUUACGCACUGGCGUACUUUGCCGUGCUCUCCGGGAUGUUCGCAUGGGGAAUCGACUCUACGCCGGUGUCGAAGCGGAGGCCGAGGGUCGUGCAAUCGCACUUCGAGUUCCUUGCGAGUGCUCUGGACGGGAAGAUCACUCUCGGGUGCGACUGGGCCUUGUGGCGCGCCUACGUUUCGGGGUUCUUGGGGUUGGUGGUGGAGUGCGCGCCGAGCUGGGUGCUCGAGGUGGGCUUGGACGGGCUGAAGCGGUUGAGUAGAGGGCUGAGGCGAUGGAACGAGGACGAGCUGGCGCUCGCGCUGCUGCGGAGGGGCGGAGUCGAGGCGAUGGGGACUGCUGCUGAACUGAUUUUGGCCGGCGAAUGAAGAUGCUGCUGUCAAGAGUUCCCGUGUGCUUCCGCGAUCAUGUUUCCUGACACCUUUGCGAAUUGUCAGACCCGCCGACACAAAUCUCGACCAUUAAUCACUGGUUUUUGUAGUGCAAAUCUUCUACUAAUGCUAAGGCUGAUUAUAAACUUCUUGUUUCUUUGGCCUAUAUGUACAUAAAAACUUGUGUAUUUGUACUUUCCAUAAUCCUGCUUUUCGCUGUAGCACUAAUGGCCUGUAUAUAUAUGCUGGAAAAUACAUGUAAUUGAUCCAUAGUAGCUUCACAGGAUUUGGGUUUC